AUGGGUGUAAUUGGUGCACUUUCCGAAGUGACAAGUGCCAGUGAGGAUGCUCUUCGACUUCUUCUCUCUGUUCUAGCUGGGUACCCUCUCGCUGUGGUCCAUCGCACCUUCUUCUACAAUAAGUCUGCGCAAAUCCAACAGAUCUUCUUCAUUCUCGUCGGUCUCUCCAUCUGGUACUUCAACUGCGGCACGGCGGUGAUUCAUCCGAUUUUAUCGAUUUUCGGCGCAUGGAUCAUUACGAAUUAUAUGCGAGGAACCGAUGCAUCAGUCUACGCGGCACAUGGUCUCUUCUUGGGACAUUUAUUAUUUGGAUAUUGGCAUCACGAGACGGAUACCUAUGAUAUUACAUGGACCACGCCUUUCUGCAUUAUGACUCUUAGAUUCAUUGGUCUCGUCAUGGACAUUUACGAUGGAGCGCAGAAGCCCGAAUCACUGAAACCCGAUCAAAAGCUGACGGCUAUCACUGAUAAGCCAAGUUUGAUGGAAAUCGCCGCGUUUGGAUUAUUCUUCCAGGGAACGCUGGUUGGACCCCAAUUCACUCUAUCGAAAUUCCGCUCGUUUGUCAAUGGUGAUUGGUUGGAUUCGGAGGGAAAACCACCCAAAUCUGCAUUCAUGCCCUCGAUCGGCCGUUUCCUUGCCGGCUGCACCUACAUGGUCCUCCACCAAUGGGGACAAUUCUGGAUUCCGGACAAAUGGUUCAAUUCGGAUGCAUUCUAUGGACUAUCAUUCUUCUGGAGAUGGUCGUGGGUCACUCUGUGGUUCCGACUGACAAUGUACAAGUACUGUGCGAUGUGGCUUAUCACUGAGGGAGCAUCCAUUCUAUCUGGAUUGGGACACAAUGGAAAGGAUAAGGAGGGCAAUGAUAAAUGGGACGGUGUUCGCGACUUGCACAUCAUCAAAUGGGAAACUGGACACGACUACAAUUCAGUCGUCGAAUCGUUCAAUUGUGGAACGAAUACGUUUGCAAAGAACCAUAUCCAUCGCCGCCUCCGUUGGCUGAACAACAAGCUGGCAUCUCAUGUGGUGACGCUAUCUUAUCUUGCAAUUUGGCAUGGCUAUCACCUCGGAUACUUCCUUCUCUUCGGCGUCGAAUUGGGAUGUGUUCAGGCUCAGAAUCAGUUGUACGCACUGAUUAAAAGGACACCCGGAUGGUCGGAGGCCAUUGCUCAGCCAAUUGCUCGUCCGUUCAUCUGGUUGUUUGGAAAGAUUGUCAUCUCGUAUUCCAUGGGUUUCGCGUUCUUGAUGUUCGGACUCAUCAAGACCAAGUAUUGGAUUGGGCCCGUCAAAUCGCUCUACUUCAUCGGCUUCUUCAUCUAUUUCGUCUUCUGGCCAAUCCUCCACAUCGUCCUUCUCCGAGUCUUGCCACGUCAUCCAAAGAGACCAGAAGAGGCGGCGAAGACUACUGUCGAAACCAAAAAGGAACUAUAA